AUGCGGCCCUUGGCCAAGGGUGGCGCGCUGCCCGUGGACGGCCUCUCUGGACAGCUGGAGAUCCACCUCGGGGCGGGGGCAAGACGGUCGCGAUCCCCGCAGGCUCCCGUCCCUGCGGGCGCUGCCCUCUCCGCCGAGGACACUGGCGAGCACAGAUGUGUCGAGUCGGCAAAAAUCCGAGCCAAAUACCCUGACCGUGUCCCGGUCAUAGUGGAGAAAGUCUCAGGAUCUCAGAUUGUCGAUAUUGACAAGAGGAAGUACUUAGUUCCAUCUGACAUCACCGUGGCCCAGUUCAUGUGGAUCAUCAGGAAGAGGAUUCAACUGCCAUCUGAGAAAGCAAUAUUCCUCUUUGUAGACAAGACUGUCCCACAAUCCAGCUUAACUAUGGGACAACUUUAUGAGAAGGAAAAGGAUGAGGAUGGAUUCUUGUAUGUUGCCUACAGUGGAGAGAACACAUUUGGGUUCUGAAUGGUGGGUCUUGGCUACUAUAUCAUCCUGCUGUGUAUCUUGUAAAUAGCUGAUCAUUUUCUGUUCUGACAUCCACAGAAGUUCCUUCUAUAUACAUGCAUUUGUAACUGGAUUUAUUUCUUAAUAUAUUGCUAGGUCUUGUUUUAUUAGACUGUUAAAUUAUAUAAAAAAAGUUUUGUUGGUUUUGUGCAUUUUUUUUUUUCUCAUGGCUAUGAAUUCCCAGAGCCUCGCUCCUUUGGGGGAUACAUUUGAUGACAUUGAUAAAUAACAAAGCAAAGUAGUUGGGCUAUUAAAACAUGAAAAGAAGAAUAUGCAUUUAUUCUGUUUUGAGGUGUUAGUUUAAGAAAAAUAAAACCAUUAAAUUAGUAUUGGGAGCACUGGAUUUGCUAGCUUAUCCUAAGCAGGAGCAAGAUGCUGAUCAUGUUGAAAUGAGCUAAUAUGUUCCUCUUUCUCAAUUAACAAACACAUACAAUAAAAAUUCCUGUC